AGCAGCCGCGGUGUUCUGGGCAGCAGCUCAUCCUCUGUUGAGUCUCCAGGAUCCGGAAAUAGUUCUAGCUCCGUCUUCUCCUUCUUCUCCGCUAUGGCCUUCAGAUUCGGACCUACAUCCUCCUGCACCAGGGCCAGCCCACUUCCUAACCCAUGGGUCUUGCUGUUGCUGGGCCUGAUCGUCUUCGCGCUGGCUCCCCUUACAGUUGGAAAACCUAACAACAGGGACCCAUAUCUUGAACUGCGCUGCAAAUGCAUAAGUACAUCCUCUGGAAUCCCACUCAAUACUAUCUCCCUCGUGAAUGUGUUCAGGCCAGGAGUUCACUGUGCCAACGUGGAAGUGAUUGCCACGCUGAAGACUGGAGAACAAAAGUGCCUGGACCCAACUGCCCCUGUCAUCAGGAGAAUCGUCAUGAAAAUAUUGGAAGGCUAUUGACCAGCUGCUUCGUCCGUGCCAGAGCGUUUUACUGUGCAGGAGGGGCUGAGGGUUUGAAAUCUGGACUUUGUAGAGUUAUUUUCCACUUUGAAAUUGAGAAUUUAGUCUCUCAUUCUGUCUCAGAAAUCGCAUUGUACUGAGGAGGCCUGUUAAAGAAUGUCACAACAAACAAACAAUGAUGAAAAUGAGUAAGCCAAGUUGUACCCAGUAAUUUACGGCCCAUUGCUGCAAUCCUUGGCUAAACAUUGUGCUGUCUUUGGCAUUUCUUUAUUUGAACUUUUCUUUCCUAAUGCAUUAUGUCAAGUUUUCAUUCUGUAUUUUUUUAAAAAGUAUUUCUUUUAGUUUGAGAUUAUAAUUAUAUUACUUCCCGUCUUUUUUCUCCCCCCAAACCCUUCCAUCUACCCUUUCUUUCUCUCUUUCGAAUCCAAGAUGCAUUUUUUUCAUUGAGCGCUGAUAUAUAGCGCUGAUAUAUAUUAUAUAUUGACAAAUUUCAUAGUGAUCAAUUUUGCUAGAAAUCUCCUGGAGCCAAGCAGAGCAGUUUUGUUCUGAUCAUGACCAUAUUUUUCCAGUGCCUUAUCCCUAGAAUGCCUUGUUUCCAAGCAACCUCUGCAAUGUUGUUUUACAACAUGUGUUUUAACCUUGAAACUGAACACAAUAAAGUCAUCGAAAGUAAA